AAUCUAUGUGCUUCUUGAUAUCUAGGUAUCAACUCUUUCAAGUUCUUCAUGGCAUACAAGGGGGCCCUAAUGAUCAAUGACGAGCUUCUAUUAGAAGGAUUAAAGCGAUGCAAGUCUCUUGGUGCCUUGGCUAUGGUCCACGCUGAAAAUGGAGAUGCUGUGUUUGAAGGACAAAAAAGAAUAAUUGAGCUUGGUAUUACUGGUCCUGAAGGGCAUGGCCUUUCAAGGCCCGCUGUGCUAGAAGGAGAAGCAACUGCUCGAGCAAUUCGUUUGGCAAGUUUUGUGAACACACCUCUUUAUGUCGUUCAUGUCAUGAGCAUCGAUGCAAUGGAAGAAAUAGCUAAAGCUCGAAAGUCAGGUCAGAAAGUUAUUGGAGAGCCUAUAGUUUCUGGAUUAGUCCUUGAUGAUUCUGGUGUUUGGGAUACUGACUUUGUCACUGCUGCAAAGUUUGUUAUGAGUCCCCCUAUUAGAGAAUCGGGACAUGACAAGGCCUUGCAAGCAGCCAUUUCAACAGGAAUUUUGCAGCUUGUAGGAACAGAUCAUUGCGUCUUUAAUUCUACACAAAAAGCCCUUGGUAUUGAUGAUUUCCGGAAAAUCCCAAAUGGCGUCAAUGGAAUUGAGGAGAGGAUGCACCUGGUUUGGGAUACAAUGGUGGAAUCUGGCCAGAUUACCGUCACGGAUUAUGUCCGGAUAACAAGUACUGAAUGUGCUAGGAUCUUCAAUGUAUACCCAAGGAAAGGAGCAAUACUUACUGGAUCUGAUGCUGAUAUAAUCAUUCUCAAUCCCAACUCAAGCUUUGAAAUAAGCGCAAAGUCCCACCACUCUAGAACAGAUACAAAUGUCUAUGAGGGUAGGAGAGGAAAGGGAAAAGUUGAAGUGACAAUUGCUGGGGGAAGAAUUGUCUGGCAAAAUGAUGAGCUGAAGGUAGAACCUGGCUCUGGAAGGUAUAUAGAAAUGCCUCCCUACAGCUACCUUUUCAAUGGAAUUGACAAGGCAGAUGCUAAAUACAUAUCCUCCCUUCGCGCUCCAGUAAAGCGCUUUAAAUCCUCGAGUUAAAUUGCAGGUAGCAACAUUUUAACCUUUUCUGUUACUGAAUUAAAGUAAAACCUUAAAUAUCUCUAGUUUGCCUUUAAUUAUGAACAAAGAAAGUUAAUGAGACUGUAAACAGUGUAAGAAAUGUAUGUUUGAUGCUGCUCUGGAUUACACAAUAUAUAAAUUGUUAUGGUAUUG